AUGAUAAAAAUUUUUGAAAAAAAUUUAAAAAAGAAUUACAAUUUAAUAAAAUUUGAAAUGAUAAGAAAUUUGAUAGGGAUGCCUCAAGCAAUAUGUGGACCAGAGAAUAUAACGAUCGAAGGUACGACCGAAGAAUUAUUUGAGGGUGUUGUUUUUAUUAAGAAUUGGCGACGGACGAAUGGAUGUGCGUCAAUCUAUUCACUUAGCGAAGAUACUACGACACCGUCACUUUCAAUUCCGUUAAAUCGUAUUGCUCAAUGUGGCUUGGUUCUGCAAAGGAAUUCUGAAACAAAAGAAGUUGAAAUAUUUGUGGUAUUCGUCUUCAGUUUUCAUCCAAAUUUUGUGACUGCCGACGAUCGUUCAUUUGCGGUACAUUGCAUUUUUCAACAGCAAUCCUUCAAGGUCGCAACCAAAUUCCAUUUCAUAGCAGAAAUGAGUACACGUGGUACAAUUGAUGGAACGGCUGAUAUACCAAUCGUAAAUCUUACAGUUGUUCAAGGACGUGUACCGGAUCCAAAUAUGGAACCGGCACGAUUAGUCUCUGUUGGUGAUCCAUUAAUGUACAUUUGGCAUUUGAACUCUAAAGCAGGAAUUUAUGGUAUAUGGGUAAAAGAAUGUUCAGUGGAAGCAGAAGAUGGUCGUAAAAUGAAAUUAAUCGAAAAUAGUUGCUCUUUGGAUUCUGUUAUCGUAUCCAAUGUACAGUAUCCAGAGAAUAACCUUCAGGCGUUUGCCGAUGGAUCAGCAUUUAAAUUUCCAGAUGCUGAUGAAGUAUGGAUAUCAUGCGCAGUUACUAUAUGUGUACGAAAACUGGACCAAUUAAUUACCACUAAUAACACAGAUUAUUUGUGUCCUAAACAGCCAGAUUGCUCCAAGCGAAUAAGGCGAUCAGGGGAAAAAGAAAAGAAGAAUACUGAAAUUUAUUCAACGGAUAAUUUAGUACAUCAUAAGCUUCAUGUAAUUGAUCAACAAGUUCAUACUUUAUCACAUCAAAAUACGGAUGAGAAGACAUUGAGGCUUUUUGAUGGAAUAUGUGUUGAUAAGAAAUUUUUCGCUGGAACGUUUGCUGCCUUAACAACAGCGUAUUUAGCCACAAUAACGGUAGCGGGUGGUUUUGGCCUAUCGAUCUAUCGAUCUCAGCGUAAACAAUGA